GCUUUGCCCGGAUUUCCUGCCUGGGUAUGAAAGCUGAGCUCUAAUUCGCAGGUCUUGGCGAGAAACAUAAAUAACUUUAUAUUUCUCACCAGGAAACAAAACCUUUCAGUUUCUUCUGCAACGCUGAGAUUCGCUUAAGGCGUUUACAAAAUGAUCCGAUUCAUCCUGAUUCAGAACCGGGCUGGAAAAACUCGUCUUGCCAAGUGGUACAUGCAGUUUGACGAUGACGAGAAGCAGAAGCUGAUUGAGGAGGUGCACGCAGUGGUGACUGUCAGAGACGCCAAGCACACCAACUUCGUAGAGUUCAGGAACUUCAAAAUAAUAUACAGACGCUACGCCGGCCUGUAUUUCUGUAUCUGUGUGGAUGUGACUGACAAUAAUCUGGCAUACCUGGAGGCUAUUCACAACUUUGUAGAGGUAUUAAAUGAAUAUUUCCACAAUGUGUGUGAGUUAGAUCUGGUAUUUAACUUCUACAAGGUGUACACUGUGGUGGAUGAGAUGUUCCUGGCUGGAGAGAUUCGAGAGACAAGCCAGACCAAGGUGCUGAAACAGCUACUGAUGCUGCAGUCCUUGGAGUAGAGUUACCUCAGGACUUCACUCCCCUGACUCCCCCCUCCCACACCAGAGACACUACUCCCCUCUGAGAACCUGUAAACCCGUGCCCUCCCGGAACUGAACCAACCAGCCAAGCCAUAGCCCUCCAGUCCGUACCUACGCUCGCUACAGCCCCUCCAAGAUCUCCUCCUGUCUCACCCAAAUGGACCGUCUAAACUAAGGGUGUCCAAUCGCGGUCCUGGAGGGCUAUUCCACUCCAGGUUUAACAGGUAAAAUGAUAUCCUGAACGACUUCAUGGUCUGGAGGGAGGUUUAAUUGGUUCAGAACAGGGUUGGAACAAAGACCAGGAGUGGAAUAGCUCUCCAGGAUUGGCCACCCCUGAACAGGAAUGAUCUCUUUUGGAUAAUAUUUCACUGGCUCAAGGGCUCAAUAAACCUCAAAGCAAUCCAGUUUUCAAUGCACUGUUCAAUGUACCUCUUAGUUAGUGAUUAAGGGAUGAGGUGCUGAGAAUGAUCAUUUCCUACUGGAAUUGCUAAAGAUACAGCAAGCAGAUUUGUGAAUGUAUUGGGUAGUAGAAAUGACCCCUUUUAAAUGAAGCACUGCCCUCACUCGCUGGUUGUUGGGAGGUCAUGGGUCAGCUUUACAGUUCUCUGGUUAAUUCUCCUGGCAUUGUUUGCUGAAAUCCAGUGUGCUUUUAUUUUUGUUGUUAUUGAUCUAAUUCCAAAAAGUGUUGAGUUUUAUGAUGUCUGAAUUUUAUUUGAGGGACCAGGACAGGUUUAGGACAGCACCGUGCUUGUACAGUGUUUAAAACUAGAGAGGUCUAGUUCUUUUUUUUUUUUUAGAAAGAAACACGUUAUACAAACUAUUAUUUUUUGUUUCUGUUCCUGUCCCUUGGUAGCGAAUGGAAAGGGGAGAUGUAGCAUUCCCCGUGUUUAGCCUGUCCAGUCCGUUUUGUGAGUUAGCGCAAGUGUAAAAAUGAAUCUGUGGUAGUGUUGUGCUCUCGUUGUGCCUUUGUGUUUACAUAUCUACUAUAUACACUCUACAUGAGUAUCUUGAUUCGUGGAAUAAACAUUAUUAUGAAGAAA